CCUUUAAAAAAAUAAAAAUACAUGUAUUUGAGGAAAUGAUAUUCUUCCAAUACAAUACAUAUGACAGUGACAUUUAUACAUUAUUAUCAUAACAAGUGGCAAUCAAUAUAAUGUACUUGGAUAGAUCUAAGCUUUUGUUUCUCUGAAAAUCUCAUGGAUUUAAGCCUGCAAAACUUCCAGAGGGAAUCCUUAGGAUUCACAAUCCAUGGACUUAAGUUUCUUUAGCCCCCAAGAAACAAACUUCUUGAUGAACACAAACCCUUUUCCAAAUGGUACCUCUCAUCAUCAUCAUCAUCAUCAUAAAAUAAACAUGCAAGGCAUGAAUCACCACCAAGCCCAAAGUAGCCAUACAUCCACAAGUAGAUCAUCGGAUUCUGGCACCGAGCCAAGUGGUGACGGAAAAUGGGCGCCGAGGCUGCUCCGGGAAUGUGCAAACGCGAUUUCUGACAAGGAUUCCAGCAAGAUCCACCAUCUCUUGUGGAUGCUGAAUGAGCUUGCAUCACCAUAUGGUGAUUCCGAUCAGAAGUUAGCGUCAUAUUUCCUCCAAGCGCUCUUUUGUAAGGUGACCGGUUCCGGCCAAAAGUGUUACAAAACCCUAGCUGCGGUCGCCGAGAAAAGCCACUCCUUCGAUUCCGCGAGGAAAUUGAUCUUGAAAUUCCAAGAGGUUAGUCCAUGGACUACUUUUGGACACGUAGCAUCAAAUGGUGCCAUUCUAGAAGCGUUGGACGGCGAAAACAAGCUUCAUAUCAUCGAUAUCAGCAACACUCUUUGUACUCAAUGGCCUACUUUGUUGGAGGCCUUAGCUACAAGAAAUGAUGAGACCCCUCAUCUGAAGUUAACAGUGGUAAUUACAGCCAACAUCGUGAAGCCGGUGAUGAAAGAAAUUGCGCAAAGGAUGGAGAAAUUCGCGCGAUUAAUGGGAGUACCAUUCGAGUUCAAUCUCAUAAGUGGAUUAACUCAUUUGGGAGGGCUCACAAAAGAGGUUUUGAACAUCCAAGAAGAUGAAGCUGUGGCUGUAAAUUGCAUUGGAGCCCUAAGGAGGGUGAAGUUUGAGGAAAGAAACUCUAUAAUCCGAAUGAUCCAAUCUUUUAGGCCUCGUGUGGUGACGGUUGUUGAAGAGGAAGCCGAUUUUUCAUGCUCCAAGACGGAUUUCGUCAAGUGUUUUGAAGAAUGCCUUAGGUUUACCACGACCUACUUUGAGAUGCUAGAGGAGAGCUUCCCUCCAACAAGCAAUGAGAGGUUGAUGUUAGAGAGGGAAUGCUCGAGAAGUAUCGUUAGGGUUUUGGCAUGUGACGAUGAAAUUAUGAGUGAUGAUGGAGACAGUGAAUGCAAAGAAAGAGGAAGUCAAUGGACUGAACGGCUCCGGGAAGCAUUUUCACCGGUCGGUUACAGCGAUGAUGUUGUGGAUGACAUUAAGGCUCUUCUUAAAAGGUACCCAGCAGGAUGGUCUUUGCAACAAUCACAAUCAGAUCAUGAGUCUGGAAUCUACUUGAAUUGGAAAGAAGAACCUGUAGUAUGGGCUUCAGCAUGGAAACCCUAAAAAAGAAAUGGUCAGAAAAAAUUAUUUUCCACAUUUCAAGCAUUAGUAGGAGAUUUAUUUAUAUUUUGAGAUUUUCUAGUGAACACUGAACAUAGACAGAGUUCCAUUUUAGAUAUAGAGAGCAGAUCAAUUUCUCUUUAGUGUUUUACUUUCUUUUUUUUUUUUUUUUUGAAUUAUCAUCCAUCCAUAGAAGGAUUUUUGUUUUCUAAUUUUGAAUUUUCUUCUACAUGAAUUAUUUACU